AUGAUUCAUCUAAUAUCAACUAUGAUGGUAGCUUCUACAAGAAGUAAAAUAUCGGGAGUAAUGGGGUCAACUUCAUUAGCUUGUUGGAUAGUAUUAUUAAUGCCCCAAUUAAUUGAACAAUGGAGAUUAAAAUCAGUUGAAGGAAUAGCCAUAGGGUUUAUUUCAAUUUGGUUUCUUGGAGAUUUAUUUAAUGCAAUAGGUGCUAUAUGGGCUCAUUUAUUACCGGAAGUUAUAUUUUUAGCUAUUUGGUUUUGUAUAGCUGACUCAUUAAUGAUUUUUAGUUAUUUUUAUUAUACUAAAAUUUAUCAUAAAAAACAUUUACAUCAUCACCAUGGUCAUCAUCAUCAACAUUCACAUGGAGAAAAUGAAGAACAUAGACCAUUAAUUAGAAGAAGAAGCUCAACAUUGACUGACAUUGCAUUAGAACCAGAAUAUCAUUCAAUUUUUGUAAAAUAUAUACUCCCAAUUAUAUUUGUUAUAAGUUGUGGAUUUAUUGGUUAUUUUUUGAAUGGUUCAAAGGAUCAAGUUGAUAAACCUAUUGAUUCACCACAUGACGUAAUAAGUUUUGGACCUCAAGUUAUGGGUUAUUGUUCUGCUAUUUUAUAUCUUGGUGCAAGAAUACCACAGAUUAUUCAAAAUUAUCAAAGAAAAUCAGUUCAUGGAUUAAGUUUAUUAUUCUUUUUAUUUUCAACAUUGGGUAAUUUAACUUAUGCUGGACAAAUUUUAUUUUAUCGAAGUGAUUUAAAAUAUGUUGUAUUAAAUUUAUCUUGGUUAUUGGGUUCAAUUGGGACUAUAGUUGAAGAUGCUAUUAUAUUUAUUCAAUUUUAUAUUUAUAGAGAAAAUUCAGCAACUGAAUCAAUAGAAGACUAA